AUGUCUAGGAAGAGAAGUCUGGGGCCAUCGCCAUGCGCUGCUCCUGAGAGACCAUCUGUGGACGUCUCAGCUGCUGCAAUAUCUCAAUCGGCAGAUCUUCAAACAAAUAACGACGAAACCGAUCAAACCGCCCAAGUGAAGCCUCACAAGCGCAGAAGAAUUACUCGGGCAUGUGAUGACUGCCGACGCAAGAAGAUUAAAUGCGACGGUAAACAGCCAUGUUCAAGUUGCGCUGAAUUCAACGCAGGAUGUACAUACCAGAUACCCCCCAAGCGUAGCAAGACAUCUUUGUGCCACCCGCAACCGGAAACUGGUGAUAUAAAGGCCAGGCUGGAGCUCGCCGAGUCACUCAUCCGCAAGUUUCUGCCGCAGAUUGACUUGCAAACCCUGGGCUCUACAGCUGGCAAGUUAUUGCAAGGCCAUGAUGCACACGUCGAUAUGUCCAGAUCUGGUCAGGCUUCAGCUGCCGAGCCACCCGCUGAGAGUGACAAAUACAUCCCUCUGAUCCAGAACGAAGAUCAAUUGCGUUUCACCGAUAAUGGCGAGCUCGACUUCCAUGGCACUUCGUCCAGCGCUACCUUCUUAAGCCGUAUCACUCAGAAUCUCCCGGAGCUCCUGCGAUACGAUUCCAGGAUCCCAUUUCUUCCGCAGUUCCCACAACCUGAUGGCCCUUUUGCCGGCGUAUCCUCGUCUUCUACUGGCUAUUCUAAAUAUGAUUACUCGAAAUUACCUCCCCGUCACCUGGCACGCAUGCUAUGCGACUACUCUUUUAACCAUGCUUCAUGCCUCCUAAGGAUAAUCCAUAUUCCCUCUUUUUGCAAGAGCUUCGACGCCUUGUAUGACGCGGAAAAAACGCAGUAUGCUCCAGAAGAAGGGAGAUUUCUUGGGCUACUUUACUCGAUAUUGGCCUUGGGAUCUAUGUACGAUGUGGAUGAGAAUGAUCCAUCUAACCCAGAUCACUAUAACGAAGCCACCACCCGGGGGUACAAGUAUUACUUGGGUGCCAGGUUCUUUCUCCCCGACCUCACUGAGUGCCCAGAUAUGACAAGCCUGCAGGCCCUUCUCUUCAUCAUCCAGUUCUUGCAAGCUAUCGGAAACCUGAAUUGUUGUUAUAAUCUAAUUGGAGUUGCUCUACGAACAGCCUUGAGAAUGGGAUUGCACCGCAAUCUUCCUAAUCUAUGCACCUCUCCCAUCGAGAGCGAGACGAGGAAACGAGUGUUCCACACCAUCCGUCAGCUGGACAUAUACCUCUCUGCUACCUUGGGUCUACCAAUUCUUUUGCAGGCCAGAGAUAUAGACCAGCCUCUUCCCACCGCCAUUGAUGACGAGGAUAUGAUACAGGAUACACUGCACUCCGCACCACUAAAGAAACCCUCCAUCAUCCAGGCAUUCAACGCUCACGGAAAGCUCAUGGAAAUUCUGACCAUAGUUGUCGAACGCGUGUAUCCGCCUACAGCCACGAGCAGGACAGCAACCAACGCCACAUACCUGAUUGACUGUGGCCAGAUUAGAGAAGUGGAACAGAAGCUCCAUGACUGGUACCAUGACCUUCCCGUCAUCUGGAGACCUGGGCAUGAUAACGACGUCCAGCUAAUAAGGGUUCAAAUGUUGCUUCGUUUUGCGUUUGCCCACGUUCAAAUGAUGCUCUACCGACCAUUUCUGCAGUUCUUCAACCAGCAGAAGCACAAUGGGAACCCCCCCGACCAGCGUCAUCAGGUGUUUGCGGCCACCGGCAUCACCGUUUGCCGCAAUAUUAUUAGCAUCGGACAGGAGAUUAGGAAGCAGGCUGCACUCUUGGGACCCUAUUGGUUCAUUCUCUACACCCAGUUUCUAGCGGUUUUAUGCCUGGUUUCUUAUGUAUCCAAUAACCCCAGGAAGCCGGAGUCGUCUGAAAUUCUCGCCGAUGCUGUCGCGGGCAGGGAGUUGAUCUCCGGCCUAUCACUUCGAAGCCUCGCAGCUGAUCGGCUUUCUGUUGCUCUCAAUGUACGUGCGCCCCCCCGGUAA